AUGUACAUAACGAAUCUGGUCCUGAAGUGGAUUCGCGACAGGGGCGGAGUAGAUGUGAUUUUUGAGAUGAACAAGACAAAGGCUGGAAUGCUGUACGAUGUCAUUGAUAGCUUCGAUGGGUUUUAUACCUGUCCUGUAGAUAAAAAAUGCGCCAGUUAUAUGAAAUCUGUUUCUGUAUCCAAGGAGGAAAUGAGGCUUUAG